AAGGUGGGUAUAAUAAAGAGUCUGACGAAUAGAAAGGUAGGCGUCAAACCGGAUAACGCAUCUAUCUAUGCCUGUCUUAGGCAACAGUCAUCAUCGACUAACAAGACAUAUUGCGAUUCCCGGGGUAACUCACCCCGGAUAGAGCUCAGAUCAUCCUAUUAUCGACAAAAGACACCAACUGAAUUGACAUUGCUUCCCUAUUUUAAAAAUGUGCCCGCUGUUGAACAACAAGAAUUAGUUUUAAAGAACAUUCAGCAGUGCUGCGUCGUUUUUAACUUCAACGAUUCCACCGCAGAUAUGCCAAGCAAAGAAAUAAAACGUCGAUUCCUCACCAAACUGAUUGAAUGUAUUGGUUCCUCUAAACGCCUUGCACGUAUCCCCAUACCAACCAAUCAUUCAAAUGAUUCUAUGUGUUUUAAGGUUAGGUGUCUAGCGUACUUUGACCCGGAAGAAGAUGAUCCAGUUUUUGAGGUUGCAUGGCUACACCUGAUGCAUGUCUACGAAUGUGUUCUUCGCGUAUUUGAAUUGUCCAAAUUCUUCCAGCUUGAGGUUUGUCUUACAGCUUUUAGAAUGGGGAGGGUGAACUGUUGGAAUUUGAACUCACGCUUAAGAGCGAGCACAAGCUUCUUGGCCAAAGUUUAUACUCCGCUUCACAAAGCCAAAUCCCUAGUUCUGUUUCACCCACAGCUGGCCUACUACAUAGUACAAUUUCUUGAGAAAGAAUCUACUCUGACCGAACAAGUGGUCAAGGGUCUGUUGAAAUUCUGGCCGAAAACCUAUUCUCAGAAAGAGAUCAUGUUCCUGGCGUUGGGUUAUUGGAAUAACGAAAAUAUCGUAUCAAUGUUUGAAGAAAACCAUGAAGUCCUUAUUCCCAUCUUGUUCUCAUCAUCACAUGAUCCCUGGAAGCACAGCAUCGUCGCAUUAAUUCAAAACGUUGGAAAAUACAAAGCCGAACGAAAACGGAAAGGCGAAAAAGCACGACAGGAAUUGUAG